AUGGUCUACGAAAACCUCUACAAGGCCAAACGUGGAGGAAAACCAGGAACUUACAGUCUCAUCAGAAGUUUUCUUAAUGUUAAGCAUCCUACGCCAAUGAGAGGAGAGGAUGGACUGUUGGAAGGACAGCCAAUUUGGUCAAUGAUUUACUAUUGUUUGCGUUGUGGAGAUUUAAAUGCUGUCCAAGAAGUGAUCAGCAAAGCGAGCCAACAAUUGAGGGAUUUUCCAGAUAUCAUGCUUGAAUAUAUCAAGAAUGACAGAUGCCUUGGUCCAAGUACUCUGACCAAAGUCAGGCAUUUUUACCGUCGUACAGUGAAAAACAGUACAGAUCCCUAUAAAAGAGCUGUGUACAGUGUUAUCAGCCAGUCCGAUCCAUUAGAAGCACAUUCCGAAAUUGCUGAUAAAACAGAAGAUUAUCUUUGGUUGAAAUUAUGUCAGAUUCAGUUUGAGUCUGAUCCUUUGGCACCAGAUCAAUUCACACUUCAAAAGCUUCAGUCACUUCUCUAUGAAGAAUAUGGUGAGAGUCACUUCAGUGCCUACCAACAGCCUUACCUCUACUUUCAAGUCUUGUUCCUCACGGCUCAAUUUGAAGCAGCCUUGGAAUUCCUGUCCAGAAUUGACGUCCUCCGAUGCCAUGCAGUGCAUUUGGGACUUGUGCUUUAUGAACUCAAAUUACUGCUGUUGCCAUCUUCCACUCAAGCCACCUUACUGACCCGCGAUCCUGCUGACCCCACUCCACAGUGUCGACUGAACUUUGCCCGACUCAUUAUGAUGUACACCCGCAAAUUUGAAGCAACUGACCCCAGGGAAGCCUUGCAAUAUUUUUUCUUCUUAAGAGACUUAAAAUCUUCCUCUGGAGAAAACCUUUUCAUGUCUUGUGUCACAGAACUUGUAUUGGAGACGAAAGAGUUUGAAAUGAUGCUCGGCAAGCUGGACCAAAAUGGAAUGCGUCGUGUAAGUAAUUCUACUAAUGGUUCCCCAUACAAUCACCAAAGUGAAGCAACAUCGAGCAUAGUCAAUAGGCCUGGAGCAAUUGACAAAUUUCAAGCAAACAGUGAAAAAAUAAUUGAAUUGGUUGCAAAGAACACCGAAGAAAAGGGUUUGUUUGAAGAAGCUGUGAAAUUGUAUGAUUUGGCACAUUCCCAUGAAAAAGUUUUAAGUUUACUUAAUCAACUUCUUAGUUCAGUCGUCUCACAACCAAGUCUUCCACAGUCAAACAGAGAGAGGCUUCGAACAAUGGCACUUGAUAUUGCCAAACGAUAUCAAUCAUUGGGACAUGAUGCCACUCAAGACAGCACAAAUACUUUCUACUUAAUGUUGGAUCUAAUGACAUUCUUUGAUCAAUUUCACAAUGGCGAUAUCUCCAGUGCUUUACAGAUUGUUCAGAAUUUGAAAGUUAUCCCUCUCAAUGUUGAUCGCGUCAAAAGCAGCCUUACAAGUUUUAAUUACUUUUCUGACGAGGUCCGUAAAUGCCUACCUGAUAUCCUUCUGGCCACCAUGAAUAUCUUGAAUGCUAUUUACAAGCAAACUAAGAAAUCUUUUCCUCAAAGUCCUGGUCCUAUUAAAAUUAUUGAUGGAGGUCAAGAAGCAAGUUUGAAUGCAAUACGCAGCCAAGCAAAAGCUUUAAUCAUGUUUGUCGGGAUGUUACCUUAUCGGCUACCGGGGGAUACGAAUGCUCGUCUGGUACAACUUGAAGUUCAGCUCAAUUGA